UGUACAUGCCACACAAUCAAUAGUCCCAACCAGAGAACUAACCCAACCAUACUACCCUCUGGGAAAGGGAGGGGAAGGGGAAAGAGAUGGCAUAAGAGACAGAGGGGGAGAGGAACACAGCAAAACUAUCUGCAGGCACAGACACAGAUAUCCAUCCAGAGAGACAAGCAGGCCUCACUCCCUCCCCAGCACAGAAAGAUGAGCUCUCAGAUUAACACAGACCUGUCCGCGGCCCCCUCGUCUGGCUCAGCCCUGGAGCUACGCUUUGCAGAGGACACCUCUCUCACUGAGGUGAUGCGGCUGCGUUUCCAGUCCCUGCAGCGGAGCGGUCAGAAGCGACAGGAGGGGGAACGGUUGCUCCUCCCCCACGAGGCCGUCUACCGUCUGGACUUCGCCAAUCAGGAGCUGACGUUUGUCCACUGGUCAGUGUCUCUGAUUGGCCAUGGCAGAGUGACUGUCACGGGGAUCUCCCAGCUCUGGACCCCUGACCUCACACACCUGAUGACCCGGCAGCUUCUAGAACCCGUCGGAACAUUCUGGCGGAACGCUGGCGACAAGGAGGACAUGCCCCUCAAGUGUCUGGAGGCGGACAUCCAGGAGUUUGGGGAGCGAAUCGCGGAGCUGGCCAAGGUCCGCAAGGUCAUGUACUUCCUGUUUGCCUUCAAGGAGGGGGCGGAGGCUGACAAGGUCAGCAUCUCCAUGGAGUUCAAUCUGGCCUGACCUACAAACCUUAAAGGGAUACUUUGUGAUUUUGGCAAUGAGGCCCUCUGGACACAGAAGUGUGUAUUUCUCUGUGUCCAGUAUGAAGGAAGAUAGAGGUAGU